AUGUGUAUUUUUUUUUGUUUUGCUCGAUUUUUUCUUCCCUUCCCCAAGGCCCCCGCCGCCGCCCCCCCCCCCCCCCCCCCCCCCACCAAGCCGCCGCGCCGCUCCUACAGGCCGCUUCCGGCGAUUGAGGCCGCUGUGGCGGAGGCGGAAGCCCUGAUCUCCCUGCCAACGGCCGUCCUCGACGACAUCCUCAACCGCGUCGGGCCCCGCGACGCCGUCCGCACGUCGGCGCUCUCCCGCGCCUGGCGACGCCGAUGGGAGGCCCUUCCAUCGCUCGACCUCGACUUCGAUGAUGGCGACAAGUAUGUGGGGGCCGUGGACAGCAUCCUCCUCCGCUGCCCCGGCCGCGUCCGGCUCUUCCGCGCCGUCAUUGCCAAGCCCUACAAAGGCCGCAUCCACGACUGGCUACUCGUCCUCUCCCGCCGAGGUGUUGGGAUCCUCGACAUCACCGGCUCCCUGACCCUCCCCUCCUCCGUCUUCACCUGCGGCCGCCUCACCUCCCUCCGUCUCUGCUGCUGCUCCAUCCCGAUGCUACCCCGGGGAUUCAAAGGUUUGCCAGAGCUGAGGAAACUUAGUCUGGCUAGUGUCUUCUUAAAGGAAAACUGUCAAUACCAACUGCAGGAGAUCAUUGCGACCUCACCGCUGCUCGAGGUGCUGUCACUUCGGGAUGUGAAUAUCCCUGGUGAACUCAAACAGUGGGUGAUUCAGGGGCCUAAUCUGGGAUUCCUCCAUAUUCUUUCGCUUGAUGAUUAUGGUUGUGACCUUGGGGAUCUUCCGCGACUGGAUUCUGCUGUUAUUGAUAUAUGGGACUAUUUAGCCGACCGUGAUUUCUCCAAAUUUCUCUGCAGCCUUGCGACCCUUACCAAGCUUCAGAUAUCUACUUAUCAUCAACCGGUACACCCUCUCUGUUUACCCCUUCUUACCAUUGAAAUUAAAUUCGGCACUCAUAGAUGUAAACACUAUUCCCUAUAUGAUUAUGGCAUAGAGCAGAAAUUUGAGGCAAAUGGAGAGUUUCAAAAUGCACAGUAUACUGAUGGCAUGUGUGCCAACCUUCAGUUUGUGGAUAUGACUGGUAUUCACUUGUUUUCAAAUGAAAUGUCCUUCAUAGAGGUUAUUCUCUGUAAAGCAAGGCUUCUUCGCACAUUAUCCAUAAGUCUUUGUCGUGCUGCGCAAUUGGCAAUGUCUAAUGAGGAUGGACUAAAGAAGUUACUAAACUACAAAAAAGCUUCAACUCAUGCCGAGGUUAUAUUUGAAGGUUGUACUGUUACUGAUUAUUUUCACCCUCAGAGCCUGGAAAUGCGUGAAGCUGUUCCGCUGGAAUGAAACAGUACUCUCUCAUGACCAAUGUUGUCUUUUGAAGAUCAGACACGCCACAUCACGGAAAUCUCCGUCCCUAGAGACUGCCGUAGUUAUGUGUUCUGAAAGAAGUUCUGCACUGUUGUAGUUUGGCGCAAAGGUUGUGAUCGAGUAAUUCAGUGCAUUAGCCUGUCCUGUUGGUACUUCUGCUGUUUUGCUUGAACCUCCAGGAUCUCUCUUUCAGAUAUGAAAACUUUGCAGACUUGGCUUUGCUUGAUUAGAAGCUACUCCCUCCGUUCUAAAUUUGUCUUUUUAGAGAUUUCAAAUGUACUACAACAUACGGAUGUAUAUAGACAUAUUUUCGAGUGUA